CUCAUCUUAGAAACGGAAAACGACGAUACUUUCCGGUGGUAGCAGCAAUUUUUUGAAGAAUGCAAUUUCGCCAUUUUUCCUCUUACACCCACGAGCCUUCAUAUCACAUUUUUUCAAUGUAAUCGAUAGAAUUCACUGAAGCUACAUACAAUUCGUCAAACUGAACCCGUUUUGAGGAAAAGAAAAGAGGGUUGUCAAAUCGAAACCAACCACUUCUAAAAAUGGCGGGAAUGGCGCAGCUGAUGAUCACAGAUAUGAUAAUGUCUUUCAUGUGGAUUUGGUCAGGCAUUAUCAUCAGAUUAAUUGCUCACGUUGUUUUAGGGCUGAGCGGUCACGCUUCUGAAUUCGUUAGGUCUGUUCUCACCAUUCUCAACAUGUUCUUGUUUACUCAUCUGGUUAAACUCACCGAUGGCGGGGCGUACAAUCCCAUUGUUGUCUUUACAUCCGCCAUCAAUGGAACUUUUACCACCUUUCUCUUCAACAUCGCAAGAAUCCCCUUUCAGGUGGCUGGAUCGAUUGUUGGAGUGAGGCUUAUCAUUGAGACAUUUCCCGAGCUAUGGCGUGGGCCAGCGCUGGUGAUCAACCUCCAUCAGGGUGCACUGACAGAAGGAUUGUUGACAUUCUCACAGGUGCUCAUCACACUUGGUCUUGACAGAAGCAUUAAUGGCAGUUUCUAUAUGAAGACAUGGAUUAGUAGCAUCUUAAAAUUUUCUCUUCAUAUACUCGGAUCUGAUUUAACUGGUGGAUGCAUGAAUCCAGCUGCUGUAGUUGGAUGGGCGUAUGCAUUUGGUGUUCAUAAAAGAAAGGAGCAUAUAAUUGUUUAUUGGUUUGCCCCAAUUGAGGCGACUCUAUUGGCAUCAUGGACAUUUAGGUUGCUCACGCGACGUUCAAAACCAGAGAAGAAAAAGAAACAGAAGAUCAACUAACCAGAGUUUUUUUAUUUUUUAUUUUUUGAGCUUUGUAGAAAAUCAAUCCUUCUAUUUAUGAUGAGAAUUCAUCUAUACUAGUACAUUUUAGAUUAUAGAUUUUCUUUCUUCACAUUUGUGUUGCCUUUAUCUAAGAUUUAGAUAA